GGGGCGCCCAGCAGCCCGGUCCCGGCCGCGCCGUCCUGCCCCGCCGAGCUCCCGCCGCCCGCCGUCCCAUCUGGGCUCGCAGCCCCUCGCGGCCUCCAGUGUCCGGCCCCGCGAGGUCCAGGGCAGGCGCUGUCCAGCCCGCGGCUCGGGCACAGCGGCGAGGGGCGAAGCGCGUGGACGUCGGGGUGGCCACCAUGGUGGCCACGUGUCUGCAGGUGGUGGGCUUCGUUACGAGCUUCGUGGGCUGGAUCGGCAUCAUCGUCACCACGUCCACCAAUGACUGGGUGGUGACCUGCGGCUACACCAUCCCCACCUGCCGCAAGCUGGACGAGCUGGGCUCCAAGGGGCUGUGGGCCGACUGCGUCAUGGCCACCGGGCUGUACCACUGCAAGCCGCUGGUGGACAUCCUCAUCCUGCCGGGCUAUGUGCAGGCUUGCAGGGCCCUAAUGAUUGCGGCUUCUGUUCUGGGCCUGCCGGCCAUCUUGCUGCUGCUGACCGUCCUCCCCUGCAUCCGGAUGGGCCAUGAGCCUGGUGUGGCCAAGUACAGGCGGGCCCAGCUGGCUGGCGUUAUGCUCAUUCUACUGGCUCUCUGCGCCAUGGUGGCCACCAUCUGGUUCCCCGUGUGCGCUCACCGCGAGACCACCAUUGUGAGCUUUGGCUACUCCCUGUACGCGGGCUGGAUCGGCGCUGUGCUGUGCCUGGUGGGCGGCUGUGUCAUUGUCUGCUGUGCUGGAGACGCCCAGGCCUUUGGUGAAAACCGUUUCUACUACUCUUCGGGCUCCAGCUCGCCAACUCAUGCCAAGAGUGCCCACGUAUAAGCCAGCUGCCAGGCUGCCCGUGGGGUGCUGCAGGUGCUGGGCCCCGGGCCCCAGGUUUGCUUGACGCAGUGGGAGCGGGGAGCCCACUUCUCUGCCAGGCACCAAAGCCAAAGUCUAGAAAGCAGCCCACCUGGCGUUUAGUAGUUUUAACACCUCUCUGCCCCACUGCCUUCUGGUUCCCUUAAAAGAUAAUGCCCAUGUAGUUUUCUCAUGGCAAUACCCACUAUUAGCUUUUUUUCUUGGGAUUCCUUUGCUGUUUGUUUAAAAAAUGCAAUUUUGUUUCUCUCUACAUCUUAAAUGUUUCACAAACAUUGCUGAGUUGGGUUUGGGUGGGGCAGAGAAAUAAAAGACACUUUUCAAACUGUUACAGAUGACAAUAGCAGUGUCAUACAGAUGCCUCUGUGUCCGCCUCCCCUCAGUUCCAAGGCCGCUUACUCAGAGGAGAUACUGGAAGACAGAUUGGGGAUGUGGGUGGGGAGGGGAGCUGCGGGACUUCUCCUCGCCGGAGAGUUUCCCUUUUCUAAGUUGAGGGCAAGGGGCAGGGUAUUUUUCAGUUUAUGAUUUUACAUUUAUCUGUACAUAAUUUUUCAAGAUUGAUCAUUUUUAUAACCAUGGUUUUCCUGAAAUUUUCCAUUCAUUGGUAUGAAGGAAAUGAACCAAACAGACUUUAAUUAUGCAAUAAAUAACAGUAAAAGUGAGUGUAACUUUAACUGAUGUCCACAAAACAGUUUUGAUUUCCCGAUCUGUAUGAUGUAGUCCUGCAUAUGCUUUGAAUUAACACGGUUUUAGCCCCCCCUUCUCUCUCCAUUUUUAUUCUGGCACCCAUCUUGCAGUGAUGUGGGUUAACAUAAACUGUACUGUUGGAUCUGGCUUUACGGGUGUGAACACUGAUGGUAUAUCAGUAUCUGAGACCCCAGACUCUCCAAACAUUGAUGGUGCAUUUUGUUCAUUAAGAGAAAUCUGUGCAAUAAAUAACAAACUGUCUGCAAA